AUGAACGACAACAAUGACAACAACAACAAUAACAAAAAUAUAGAUAAUGUGGAUGAUGAUAAUGAUGAUAAUGAUAAAGGAAAAUAUAAAGGAAAUGAAUUUUCAAUAUUAGAAAAAAGUUUAAAUAAAUUAUUAAAUAACGUAGAGACUUUUAAAAAUUAUAAUAAUCAAAUGAUUGAAUCAAAUAAUAAAACAGUGGAUUUUGUUCAUUCAAGAUUCAAUAAAUAA